UUGAAAGCAUCGGUGGUUACACCAGUUGUUCACUUCCAUUACAAUGCUUCUCUCUGCAAUAACUCCCCAACUGCUUCUCUCUUCGCCUAACUCCUCCACCAAUCAAACCCUUCCACGUGCCCUCCACCACCACCUCUCCUCCGUCCCUCCUCCCAGACCCUCUCUCAAUCCCCUCAACUUCAACUCCACCUCCCUCCGCCCCGUCUCCGCUCCCACCCUCUCCGACGACAAUGAACCCCAACCCGCCCUGGUCUCCUCCGCCUCUGCCGUCUCCGCUUCCAUCCGCAGAGCCUCCACCUCCCCCGUGGACUUCUCUCAACGGAUCGAGAAAAACGACCACCACAACCACAAAUUAAUCAUGCCUACCCCCGACUUCCAGCGCCUCUGCCUUGAACAACUCGACCUUUUUCGCCGAAUCGUUGAUCCGAAAGCGGUUCUCUCCGUUUACGUCAGGCCAGCCGGUAGCUACGUCAUGGACCAGCUCGAGCUGCGUCGAGUUACGUCGUAUCCAGGUGUCAAAACCGCCAACAUUGUGUUUUUAGUCGGAAAUUUCACUGUCCCCACCGGACUGCGGGCUGCUGAAGCCGCGCUUUCGAGUCAACAGAUGGAGGUUGUGAGGGAACAUAGAGCGGUUGUGUUUCCUAUGGUGAAGCAACCGUUCGUGGUCGGGUUCUUGGUGGCGGAGCUCCCGGAGAUGGAGAAGAUGCCGCAGGGGACUGAAAGUGGGGACAUGCUUCAUUGCCCGACUCCAGAGGAGACGUAUGCGUUGUCUUCUCCUUCUCCAGGAAUACCUAUGAAAAAAACAUGGGAAAUUCAGUCUCUUGAGAAUAAAUCCAUGAGGCAAAAUUACAUAUUUACUGUUGACCAAAGAUCCAAUGCCAUCAAUAUAUCUCGUACUUUAGCUGUGGCUUAUGUUAUGGAUCAGAAAGCUAUUCUACUACAGCAAUCAACAUGGCAAAACAAUGUCAGAAUGGGUGCUCUUGUUGAGCAGAUUCGUGGUCCUAUUUCUAGCAUACGGACUUUGAGUAAAAUGCUAUCCACUCAUGUCAAAGAAAAUGAGAUUUCUCGUGACAUUGUUGAAGACAUAUUAGUGCAAGGUGACCGUAUCAAGGACACCCUUGAAGAACUACAAGAUGCUGUUCACUUGACAAAGGCUAAUAUAAUGCGCUACAAUGAAGAAUCUUUGAAAAAGAUGCGUAAUUCUACUCAUUCCCGCCCUGAGCCUCUGAGAUCUCAAUUGUUGCAUGAUUUCUCCGGGGAUAGUUCCAGCAAUAAGUCAGAAACCUCUGGUUUACUACUAUCUCUAAGUACAACAGGCAAGGAUUUAGAGAUGCCAAUGCCACCAUUGGCUCUUGCCCCGUUACGAGAAAAUGGGAUCAGGAAUUCCUGCAAUAUUUCUGAUGUACUCACUGAUUUAGUUGAUGCUGUGAGACCUCUUGCUCAUAUGCAGCAACGCUUGGUGGAAUUUAGGGAACUCUCACAGCCUUUGCAAGUGACUAUUGAAGAACCUGCUUUGCGCCAAGCCUUGAGCAAUUUGAUAGAGGGUGCAUUAUUACGAACCCGGGUUGGGGGGAAGGUUGAAAUUGUUUCAACCAGUGCACCAGCAGGUGGUGCUUUACUGGUAAUUGAUGACGACGGACCAGAUAUGCACUAUAUGACACAGAUGCAUUCCCUCACACCAUUUGGUGCCGAACUCUUCUCGGAAAACAUGAUUGAAGACAACAUGACAUGGAAUUUUGUUGCCGGACUGACUGUGGCACGUGAAAUACUUGAAAGUUACGGCUGUGUUGUCCGUGUCAUAUCACCCCGGACCACCGAUGCUGCGCUUGGAGCAGGUGGAACUCGUGUAGAACUAUGGCUUCCAACCUUUUCUGCAUUAUCCGACACAAACAACCUUAGUCAAGAGGCAUAACAAUAAAAGUAGGAUAGUAUUUUCGUGUGAUUCGACUCGCAUGGUAUUCCACAAAGUAGGGCUUAUUUUGGAAGUCCAUGCUCCUAUCAAUACAUGUAUCAGUAUCCGACUUUGAGGUAAAUUUGUAUAGUUGUAUUCUGGUGUAGUAUAUGUGUAUAUAUUGAACA